AUGGCCACUGCCGCUGCCGCCGCUGCGAACCCGAAGCUUCGCUUCUUCCACCACCCCUCUGCGGCCGAGGUCUCCCGUCACCUACUCAAGUUCCCCGGCCCAUCCCAUCCACGGCACCGCAACAUUCCGGCUUACCAGAAGUUACGAAACGUAUCUGUACACCAAUACGCCCCAGAGCGAGGAUAUCACCGAGCAUUGGCCCCUCAGGCCGUCCCGUCCUCGGCGCCUCGUUCGGAGAGCAGAGCGGAUGCUACACUAGCUCCCUACAAAUGCCUACUUGGCCGCGAUAAAGACGGGGCGAGCAGAUCCGAUCCUGUCAAAGCUGGGGACGUACUGCGCGUAAUCUGA